CAUCUUAAGUUUCAGCUAAGCUUCUUGAAGGCAGUGUAUAUGAAGCCUGUUUAAUGAACAAGUGCUCAAACAGGUUUGCUCUUAUGUUUGCUGAUCAUCUGUCAGGUGAUCACUGUCAACUAUAUCUCAAUAUGGAUCCGCUCCGGUCAUAGUUUAUUCCCAAAAUGGAACUAAUGGAGGAAAAUUAAAGCUUUAAAAGGUCCAUACAUGGCAGAAAGACAUGAUUAUCAUUGCCAUUUUGGGUUUGUCCUUCGGAGGAAUUCACCUGACAUUCUCAGAGGAAUUGGAAUAUGGUAUUUUGGGCAUAUCUGUUGUCCUUUUCCUUAUGGCCCUUUGCCUUCUGAUAUGGCAAAUUUACCGCUUCUGUACACAGAUUCCUAUUUCACAAAGACCUGCAGAUAGCCUGUUGGCUAGGAGUGGAGGUUUUCAGUAUGCUACACAAACAAAUGACGCUAAGAUGGAGGUUUUUUAUGAGGAAAUGAGCCACCGCCUGUCCCCUGGCACUUCUAACAUGGGCAGUACUUUAGAUCUAGCAAGCAUGGAAGAUCUGGAAGAGGAGAACAUCCAGGGAUCUCUGCGCUUUUCACUCUUCUACGAUCAGCUGCAGUCUAAACUGGUGGUGACCGUACUGGACGCCCAGGAUCUGGCCGUGCGAGAGUUCAGCAACAGCGUUGACCCGUUUGUUUGGGUACGUUUGCUGUGGGCAGAAAGAGAGGAUGAGGAGCAGAGCUCAAUGCAGUGUGUUCUGGACGAAUGGCAGACACGUCUGGUAAAAAAGAGCUGCAGUCCUGUGUUUGGAGAUCAGUUCUCAUGCACUCUAGCUGAGGAGGAAGUAUCAAGAGUCACUGUUAGAUUUGAGGUUAGGGAUUUUGAUAAAUACUCAAGACAUGGAGUUCUAGGAGAGGCCCGUGCUGCCCUUAACAGUCUGAAGCUCUCAUAUCCCCUGGAGUUAAGAGAGGAUCUGCAAGUACCCAAGAAAGACAUGGUUGGUGAGGCACUGCUCUCUUUGAAAUACUUGCCUACAUCUCAGAGACUGGAGGUGGGAGUGUUGAAGAUCCGUACAAUAUGUCAUCCCAAAAAGACUAUGAGAGCUCUGUAUGCCAGAACCAGUGUUACCUGCAACCACUGCAAGCUUCGACAUCAGAGGACAGCACAGAAGCAGCGCUGGGAGGUGACUGUGUUCAAUGAGGUCCUGACCUUUGUGUUGCCAGAUCAACAAAUUAGAGAGUGCACCAUUAUAGUGUCUGUUUACGAAAUACAGCCUUCAAAGAAGUCUUUCAAGCGUUUGAUUGGUCACAUCCACAUUAAAAAGGCCAAGACCUCAGAAAAUGAGCACUGGACGCUGAUGAUGCAAUCACUACGACAGCCAAUCGCUAAGUGGCAUUUAAUCUUCAUCUGAAUACUGCUUAUGUUUACUGACGCAUGCACACGCUUCCAUUUCCUGAGGUGGGAGGUCGUACUUCCGACUUUUGUGUUGGUUUACAGGUUGGAAUGUGGAAACCUAUGCGCUGUCAAAAAAAAAUGUUGAAUCUGGUUGCUCAUUGGGUUUAAAACACUUGACGAUAGAGACGAUAAAGGUUUUAAUGUGUGUUUCUUUAACUAUGUAAUUUACUCACCUCCUUGUCAUCCAAGAUGUUCAUGUCUUUCUUUCUUUCUUCAGUCAUAAAUAAUG